AUGAGGAAAACCUCCGAGGAUUGUCUCACUUUGUCUCCAGACUGGAAAGUAGAAGAUGAGGACAUCACACAGUAUAGUCCAGGAGAAAACCCGGCUCCCUCCAAUGUCCAUCCGGCACCACCCAGUGUAGAAGGACCAUCAGAUUCCUUGUAUCCUGAGGAACCUCAGACUGUGUGGGACUGGACCGGCCUUCCAACAGGGAAGAGGUUCUCCUGUACAGAGUGUGGAAAAUGUUUCAGUUAUAAAUCCAUUCUUAAUGUGCACAAAAGAUCUCACACGGGGGAGAAGCCGUAUUCCUGUCCUGAGUGCGGGAAAUGUUUUUCAAUGAAGACCAAUCUGUGCACAGAUCAGAAAUCUCACACGGGGGAUAAGCCGUAUUCCUGUCCUGAGUGCGGGAAAUGUUUUUCAGAGAAGUCCAGUCUUUACACACAUCAGAGAACUCACACAGGGGAGAAGCCGUAUUCCUGUCCUGAGUGUGGGAAAUGUUUUUCACUGAAGUCCAAUCUUUACACACAUCAGCGAUCUCAUACGGGGGAGAAGCCAUAUUCCUGUUCUGAGUGCGGGAAAUGUUUUACAAGUAAGUCCAGUCUUUACAGACAUCAGAGAUCUCACACGGGGAAGAGCUUCUCCUGUACUGAGUGUGGGAAGGGUUUCCAUUAUAAAUCUGGUCUUAAUAGGCAUAAAAUAACUCACACAGGGGAGAAGCCAUAUUCCUGUCCUGAGUGCGGGAAAUGUUUUUCAGAGAAGUCCGGUCUUUACAGACAUCAGAGAUCUCACACGGGGGAGAAGCCGUAUUCCUGUCCUGAGUGUGGGAAAUGUUUUUCAGAGACGUCCAGUCUUUACAGACAUCAGAGAUCUCACACGGGGGAGAAGCCAUAUUCCUGUACUGAGUGUGGGAAAUGUUUUUCAGUGAAGUUCCAUCUUAACACACAUCAGAGAUCUCAUACGGGGGAGAAGCCAUAUUCCUGUCCUGAGUGUGGGAAAUGUUUUUCACAGCAGUCCAAUCUUUUCAAACAUCAGAGAUCUCACACAGGGGAGAAGCCAUAUUCCUGUCCUGAGUGUGGGAAAGGUUUUCCAGAGAAGUCCCGUCUUUACAAACAUCAGAGAUGUCACACGGGGGAAAAGCCGUAUUCCUGUCCUGAGUGUGGGAAAUGUUUUUCAAGUAACUUCAAUCUUUCCAAACAUCAGAGAUCUCACACGGGGCAGAAGCCACUUUCCUGUCCUGAGAAUGAGGAGGAGGGCCGUUAG